AUGGCGGUGGCGAAGGGGGAGGGGAGGGAGGAGGACUUGGUGGAGGAGAUGGUGGAGGAGAUGGGGGAGGGGACGGUGGUGGUGAGGGUGGUGGUGAAGGUGGUGGUGAAGGUGGUGGACUCGGAGGAGGCGAAGGAGGAGGCGAAGGAGGAGGGGAGGGCGGAGGACUUGGUGGAGGUGAAGGAGGAGGCGAGGGAGGAGGGGAUGGCGGUGGCGAAGGGGGAGGGGAGGGAGGAGGACUUGGUGGAGGAGAUGGUGGAGGUGAGGGAGGCGGAGAUGGCGGAGGAGAUGGUGGAGGUGAAGGCGGUGGUCUCGGUGGCGGCGGCGAAGGAGGAGGAGAAGGAGGAGGAGAAGGCGGCGGACUCGGCGAGGACGGCGGCGGAGGAAGUGGUGGUGGCGAAGGAGGUGGAGAUGGCGGCACUUUAUCCCAACACUCUAUGUUGA